AUGGCUGCCAUCAUACUGACCGACCUGACGUUUUUCGUCAUCACCGUGACGAAGAUCCACCGCAUACGUCAGCUCCAGUCGUCAGUGUUCAUCCACCGUGACGUCAUGAAGAAUGUCUUCGUGUACGCCAAGCUGUCCACCUUGACUGGGGCCUUUUGGACCUUUGCUAUCCUGGCCGAAGCUUUUGACGUCACUGCUCUAAGGUUCCUCUCCAUCCUGUUGAACGGCCUGCAGGGCGUUUUCCUCUUCCUGUCCUACGUCUGCAACAAGCGGGUCGUCAACCUGUACCUGUCGGCCUUGCACAAGGACCAGAACACAAGCACCAACCAAUUCGAUCUGUCUUAA